GACGAAGUAACAUGAGCGUGACUUAGUUUGAUGGCUCUAGUGGCACUUCGACUGAGAUCAGGUACGUUCCGUCUUUUUAGCCCAGGUGUGUCCUUGUUUCGAUCCCUAACCUCGGUCGGGAUGGACGAAAUGGGUCUGGCUAUGAGUCGUUCACCACUGGAGCGACUCCCCUUUGACAAUGUCGCCCUGAAGAAACUUCCACUGGACCCCUCGGAGGAACCGGGGGUGCGACAGGUGAAGGGAGCGUGCUUCUCCAGGGUCAUGCCGCAGCCACUGAGCAAGCCUCGGUUUGUGGCGGUGUCUCACGAAGCUUUGGCUCUCCUGGGGCUCAACGGGGAUGAGGUCAUGGAUGACCCACUUGCGCCAGAAUAUCUGAGCGGCUCUAAAGUAAUGCCUGGAUCCGAGCCUGCUGCUCAUUGCUACUGUGGCCACCAGUUUGGCCAUUUCGCUGGUCAGCUAGGUGACGGGGCGGCCUGCUACCUGGGGGAGGUAAGCGUGCCACCCAAUCGGGACCCCGACCUGUUGCACGAAAACCCAAGUGGCCGAUGGGAGAUUCAGGUGAAAGGUGCAGGACUUACCCCCUAUUCCAGACAAGCCGAUGGCCGUAAGGUGUUGCGCUCUAGCAUUCGAGAGUUCCUCUGUAGCGAGGCCAUGCAUUUCCUGCAUGUGCCCACCACAAGAGCAGGCUCUGUUGUUACAUCAGACAGCAAAGUCGUAAGGGAUAUCUACUACAGCGGACACCCUAAACAUGAGAGAUGCUCAGUGGUUCUCAGGAUCGCACCUACCUUUUUAAGGUUUGGUUCUUUUGAGAUAUUUAAGAAGGCAGAUGACUUCUCAGGUCGUCAGGGCCCCAGCUAUGGACACGAUGAGCUCCGAGGACAGAUGUUGGACUAUGUCAUUGAGAUGUUCUACCCAGAGAUCCAGCAGCAGUACUCAGAUCGAGUGGAGAGAAACGUGUCUUUCUUUAGAGAGGUGAUGCAUCGAACAGCUCGACUGGUGGCUCAGUGGCAAUGUGUAGGAUUUUGUCAUGGUGUCCUGAACACAGACAACAUGAGCAUACUGGGACUCACACUGGACUAUGGUCCCUAUGGCUUCAUGGAUAGGUUUGAUCCAGACUUCAUUUGCAACGCUUCCGACAACUCUGGACGCUACUCUUACCAGGCUCAGCCAUCUAUUUGCCGCUGGAAUCUUGUCAAGUUUGCUGAGGCUCUCGAUCCAGAGCUUCCACCUGACCGGGCAAACUCUGUUAUGGAGGAAUAUUUGGAUUUGUAUAACAGAUACUACCUUGAUAAUAUGAGGAAGAAGCUGGGUUUGUUGAAUAAAGAGGAACCCGAGGACGAGAUCCUCAUCACAGAACUGCUGCAAACCAUGCACAAUACAGGGGCUGACUUCACCAAUACGUUCCGCAGUCUAAGUCGGAUUUCCUGUCCCUCCGAGGGAGAAAGUGACACAGAAGCGGAGCUUGUCAAAGAAUCUGUAAAACUGUUGAUGGAGCAGUGUGCCUCUUUGGAGGAGCUCAAAGAUGCCAAUAAACCCACCAUGGACCCACGGGAGUUGACGAUGCUACUUUCCAUGGCACAGAGCAACCCAGCGCUGUUCCAGAUGAUUUCAGACAGAAUGACAAUAGCGAGGCAGCUCAACCGACUCAGCAAAUUAAAGGAACUGAUGGAGACCAACGAGGAAGAAGUCAAAACCAAACAGACUGAGGAGUGGACCUGCUGGAUCACACGCUAUAGGAAGCGUCUGGCUCAAGAACUGGAGGGCAACAGUGACGUGCAGGUUGUGCAAGAGAAGAGGGUAAGGGUUAUGAAUAGCACCAACCCACGUGUGGUGCUCCGGAACUACAUUGCCCAGAAUGCAAUAGAGGCUGCUGAGAGUGGAGACUUCUCAGAGGUUCGGAGACUCCUCAAAGUUCUGGAGAAGCCUUUCUCCUCUCAGCCGGGUCUGGAGGUUCCUGCUUGGGUGGGCCAAGGCGGUGCCACCCAACAGGGGGAGAGAGACGAUGGCGAAGAGCAACAGGAAGAUGUAGCAUCUUCCUCGACAGUCCGAUCUCCUGUACCCUAUGACAGCAAACCUCCAGCUUGGUCUCAGGCAAUCUGUGUCACAUGAUCUUCAUAAUAACUUCCCUGAGCUUCAUCAUCCGGCCUGCCAAGAUAUGAGGGAAGUGGUAGUGUUUGACUUCCUUUUUUUCCCCCUCCACAUUUUAAUAUUUGCACAACUCUAUCACUGUGUGGUGGGCCGGUAUCAGGGAAGUGAGUCUGAAAUUCAUUAUUCCAUAGAGAACAUCAGCAGUACAAGACACCCAGGGAACAAGUUGAGUUUGGUGCCACAAAUGUAUUACUACUGCUGUGACAAAUCAAAUACAAUUAUGAUGUGCUUUUGCACACAUUAAAAAGGUUAUAUUGAUUUUUCUUUUAAUCCUCUAUAUUGUAAAACAAAAACCCAUCUUGUUCCCUGUCUGUUUGGUGCCUGGUGGCUGUUAAUGACGGCUCAGACGGAAAGUCUUACAAGGACCUGUCUGAGGCUGAUAAACUGUGGAAGUAAUGCUUGAAAAUAUACCAAAUAGAAUGCAUUAGGUCUCAUAAUAUACUUACCACUUAAUUGCUCUGGAUUGUUUUUCUGAGAUUGUCCAAAGUUGUACAACUGCAACAGAUGAAAAAGAGGAACUCAAGUGGCACAUUAUCUUAUAUGCUUAGCUAUGCAUGAAAUCCUAAUAAAGUUCUUCACUAAUCUCAAA